AUGCCUAAGCGUGUGCGCGAUGCUGAUGACGACCUAGGGCCAUCCACCUCGGAGAGCGGAGAGACGGACUCAAUGAAGGACACUGUAUCUGGCACCAGUGCCAUGUACGAGAGGCUUCACGGUCCUCUUGAUGAUGAUUCGUCUCUUGCCAGCAGCACUACCACGACUUCUUCCCUCGACCCCGAGGACUCAGAAGACGAUAACACAUCAAAGCGUCUGCUGCUGUACGCCAAGGUGACGGCAGGCGCAAAGGCGCAAGCAGCAGGCUCGAUGUCCGCUGCGGCUGCCGCAGCACAAAGCGGCCCUGCCGCAUUUCUGCGAGGUUUGAAUAGCAGCACUAGUACCACCUCCGCGAGUGCUGCUGCGGCGGCGCUGAAUCGCCUGAAAUCGGAGCUGCUCAAGCCAGUGGCACAGCCGACGGCCUUGACUGUGGUGAAUGCGGAGGAUGAAUCCGCUGAUGUUCUUACCAGCAUCGUGUCACGGAAGCUGCCGCCACCGCCAGCGGGUGAUGCCAAGAAGCUGCGUCAGCUGGCCUACGUUGACCACAGCCAGAUGCACUACGCUCCCAUUCGCACAGACUUCUAUGUGGUCCCGCCGGACAUGACGAACCUCACCGCUGACGAGAUGCGGGCUUUGUUAAAGGAACUGGAUGGGGCCAAGGUUCAUGGGCAGAAUGUGCCGCGACCAAUGCGCUCUUGGGACGGCACCGGACUGCCGGAUCGCGUGCUGGAGGAGCUGGAGAAGCACGGGUAUAGGUGCCCUUUCGCAGUGCAGUCGCUCGGCUCACCCGCGCUGAUGAGCGGACGCGACUUACUCCUCACUGCAAAGACGGGGUCAGGCAAAACGCUCUGUUACGCGCUGCCGCUCCUCCGGCAUUGCGCGGACCAGCCGCGGUGUGAGAAGGGUGAGGGCCCCAUAGGGCUGGUACUUGUUCCCACGCAGGAGCUCGCUGUGCAAGUAUUCACGCUGCUCAACGAGUUGGGCGAGGCCGCCGGGCUACGCUGUGUCGCCUCGUACGGCAGCACGUCGCUAGCCGAGAACAUCCGCCACGCCAAAACGGGGUGCGAGAUGAUGGUGGCGACGCCGGGUCGACUGCUAGACCUUCUCACCGUGAACGGCGGCAAAGCGAUGAGCCUGUCGCGCGUUUCCUUUGUCAUCGUUGACGAGGCAGAUCGCCUCUUCGACAGCGGCUUCAUGGAGCACGUGGAAGCCUUUCUGAAGAACAUACGCCCUAACCGCGUAACGGGUAUGAUAAGCGCUACGAUGCCGAAAGAGCUGCGCGGGGCGGUAGUGCAGCACCUUCAGAACCCUGUUGUCAUCUCCGUCGGCGGAAAACCAACGCCUGCGUCAAAUGUCGAGCAGCAGUUUUUCUUCGUCGAUGAGGAGGUGUACGAUGCGAACAACAUCAAGGCAGACAUGAGCCCACGUCUUGUGAAGCUGCUUGCGCUGCUGGGCGAGGAGGGCGGCAACGGUCAGAACCUGAUCCUCAUCUUCACGCAGCGGAAGGAAGAGGUGGACGAGUUGUUGGGGCGGCUCACGACCUUGGGCUACGCAAACCGCGUGGCGACACUCUACAGCGGGAUGGAUCCCAUCGACCGCGAGUUCGCGCUUGAGCACUUUGCCCCAGGCAAACAGUUCAUUCUUGUCGCCACUGCAGUCGCAGAGCGCGGUUUGGAUAUUCCGUACCUCGGCCUCGUCAUUAACUACCGCUUGCCGAAUCAUUAUGAAGCGUAUGUGCAUCGUAUUGGCCGCACCGGCCGGGCCGGCCGCAGCGGGCGUGCCGUGAGCUUUUUCACCCGCGGCAAGGAUGACGACAUCGCACCGGAGCUGGUGGAAGGGCUUGAGCGCGCGGAGCAGCGGGUUCCAGAGGAGCUGUACGAGGUUGCCGAGAAGGUGCGAGCCCUGCGCAAGUCUGGCGAUGCUCGGUACAACAGCGGCUUUUUUCGCGGCUACCGCGACGCGAAGGUACAGCUCUUCACUGAUCGCAAUAAGAAGGAGAAGGUGCGGGAGGCUGCCCGCGCGGCCGGGUUGGAGCAGUUUCUGAGCUCCUCCUCCUCCGACUCGGAUGCCUCUAGCGACGAGGAUGCAAACAUCACUGCGGUGCCCGUGCAAUCCAGGGCUCGUGCUGCGUCAGUGGAGGAGGCAGGGGCGAACGCGAUGGCGCUGAUGCUGCACCGUGGUGCACUAAACGGCGCGUUGACUUUGUCCUCUGCGCAGGAGGACCGCAUCUCCAAAGCCCUGGCAUUCGCGCAGAAGACAACCACGGCGGCCACGGCGGCGGCAGACGAGAUGGCGACGGUGCGCUUUCAGAGCGAGUACCCCAUCAACGACUUGCCGGAUGCCGUUCGCGGCAAGCUGCAGAGCGGUACGUUUAUGCGCUCUGUCGCUGAGAUGACGGAGACGUCAUUGAUCCGCAAGGGUGUGUACUUCGAUCCACGCUACAAGCACUCUCGGCGGAUGAAGGAAGGAGAGAAGCCAUUGUAUCUUCUGGUAGUCGGAAAGUCCAUGGAAGCGGUGCGGGCAGCUCGCAACAAGCUCGACGAGGUAAAGGCAGAGCUACUGAGCAAACAGAAGAAGACGGUGUCUGUGACUGGGGCCACUCUCUAG